UUUACGUGUCAGGCAAAUCAGCUGACAGAGGAGAAGUGAACUUUGAGUGGGGAUGGUUCACGCCCUUCCUCACACACCGUGCUCGGACCUGACAGCUGUGUGAACUCACAUCGGCACCGUAGCCUGUCUGUACCUCUGGGCACCAUGCAUUGCCUGCAAAGAGAACCUGAACUCAGCAGAUCUGAGGAAUUCAAGCGCCAUGCCAACAGCGAGAAGGUGAUUCAAACGAACCUAAAGAUCCUAGGCAUGGAGGGAGAUCGGGAACUCCAGUUCCUGCUGCAGGGGGGAGACCUCCUCAAGGUCCGUUCGUCAUCCUGGAAGAAGACUCGCUUUUACAGACUCAAGGAGGACUUCAACACCAUGUGGCACGAGUCGAAGAAAACCUUCAGGAGAAAGCAGACCUUUUCCCUCGGUGACAUCUCGGCGGUGCGGUUGGGGCGACAGUCAGAGGGCCUGAGGAAGAACACAGAGGAGCACGUGGAGGACCGCUGCUUCUCCAUCGCCUUCAAGGGCCAUCGUAAAAACCUUGACCUGAUGGCCAGCUCCGAGGAGGAGGCCAAGAUGUGGGUCAAGAGCCUGGAUAAAAUGUUGUUGAGCCUGAACAACCUCAGCCACCAGCAGAAGACGGAGCACUGGAUCUACAGCUGCAUGAGGAAAGCAGACAAGAACAACGACGAUAAGCUGAGUGAGUCGGAGCUCAAGGAUUUCUUGCGUCUGAUCAACAUCGAGGUGGAUGACGACUACGCAGAGGAGCUCUUCAAGCAAUGUGACAGUUCUAAAUCUGGGUACCUGUCCGGAGAGGAGAUCGAACAUUUCUACGACCUGCUGACGCGUCGCGAGGAGAUCGGCGUGAUCUACGGGGAGUACGCUAAAACGAAAGGCUACAUGAGUCCUGACAACCUGGUGGACUUCCUGAUGAAGGAGCAGAGAGAGAAAGCCACGCUUGCUGACGCACACAGCAUCAUCGAGAAGUACGAGCCCGAUGAAAAGGCCAAGCAGAACAAGCUGCUGUCCAAAGAUGGCUUCCUCAUGUACCUGCACCAUCCGGAGGCCUUGGUGCUCAAUCCCGAUCACAGAGAGUUGUACCAGGACAUGAGCCAGCCCCUCAGCCACUACUUCAUCUCCUCCUCACACAACACCUACCUGAUGGAGGACCAGCUCAAAGGGCCCAGCAGCACAGAGGCGUACAUCAAGGCUCUGCUGAAGGGCUGCCGCUGCGUAGAGCUCGACUGCUGGGAUGGCUCGGACGAUGAGCCCAUGAUCUACCACGGCUACACCCUCACCUCCCAGAUCCUCUUUAAAGACGCCAUCAAAGCCAUCAAGGAGUACGCUUUCAAGACGUCAGAGUACCCGGUGAUCAUCUCCUUGGAGAAUCACUGCAGUGUGGAGCAGCAGGAAGUCAUGGCCCAUCACCUGAGCUCCAUCCUGGGCAGCGCUCUGGUCACCUCCCCCCUGGGUGAAGGCAUGCCCAAAGAGUUCCCUUCUCCUGAGGAGCUGAAGGGGAAGUUCCUGAUCAGGAAGAGGUUAAACAAACUGGAAGUCAUGUACGCUCCUGAUGACGAGGCAGCCGACGACACCGACGUCACAGAGGAGGAAGAGUCGAAUGAUGAAGAGGAGGAGGAGGAGAAAAACAAGAAGCAGAAAAAGAAGCUGAAACUGGCCAAAUCGCUGUCUGAUAUGGUGAUCUACUGUAAAAGCGUCCACUUUCACGGCUUCGAAGACGCGAGGAACAACCUGAGCUUCUACGAGAUGUCGUCCUUCAAAGAGGGGAAGGCCAUGGAGCUGGCCGAGGAGUCUGCUAAUGCCUACAUCCAUCACAAUGUGGAGAAGCUGAGCCGCAUCUAUCCAGCCGGCUCCAGGACCAACUCCUCCAACUACAACCCUGUUCCUCUGUGGAACGCUGGCUGUCAGAUCGUGGCUUUAAACUUCCAGACAACCUGCCCCGACAUGGACGUGAAUCAGGGCAGAUUCCUUGUUAACGGCAAGACCGGCUACAUCCUGAAACCGCCCUACAUGAGGGACGUGAACACAGAGUUUGACCCCAUCACCCUGACCCGGGGAGACUGGCUGAAGCACAAGACGCUACAUGUCAUGAUUAUAUCGGCCCAGCAGCUCCCUAAAGUGAACAAUAGCAAGUCCUCCAUCCUGGACCCACUGGUUAAACUGGAGGUGUUAGGAGUGCCGGCUGAUAAUGCUGAGAAAGAGACCAAUCACAUGGAAAACAACGGUUUUAAUCCAACAUGGAAUGAAAACUUUCAGUUUGACGUGUUCGUGCCGGACCUGGCUAUGGUGCGCUUCGCUGUUGAAGACUACGACUCGACGUCGUCCAACGAGUUUGUUGGACAGUACACACUUCCUUUUAACAGCUUGAAAAUGGGCUACAGACAUGUUCCUCUGCUCAACAAGAAUGGAGACCUGCUCCCCUCAGCUGGACUCUUUGUACACAUCAUGAUCGUCGAUGCAGAGUAAGAAGUCACAGACUCUCUGCAGGACGCCUCUCUCCAUAGCACGGCCAUUUUGCAGCUGGUUUGAUCUGGAUUUAAUGCCCUCUUUUUUUUUUUUUUCUUUUUUAGCUUUUUAGUGUGAGUUCAUGAUUCACUUAUUGGCUUCAUUCCAGUAGUUUGAGCAGCUGCUCUGAAUCGUUCUUCUCAAGGGACAGUAGAGUCAUCCACAUCGGGACUUCUGUGUAUUAGAUGAGUGUAUGCGUGCAAAUACGACACAUGAUAUAAUUUUUAAUGCUCAAAACAAACGGUAUGAUUUUGUUUGUACGAGUUGUAUUAGUGUUUGUCUAUUUCAAUCUUUUUGUCCUUUUUCUGAAUCCGUAGCAUCAGAAGCCAACAUAAUAAACGAUGUGCUUUGUCUUAAUCAGUAGCAGUAUCAGUCAAUGAAUCAUUAUUUUUUAUGUGACGUCAUCACGACUUCAUCUUUUUGUAAAUCGAGAUGAAAAUUAAAGUUUUAAACACUAA